AUGUCACACAAAAGCUCCAAGGAAGUCAGGAAAGUAAACAUUUCUAGCUCCUUGGAGUCUGAAGAUAUUAGCUUAGAAACCACAAUACCAACUGAUGAUGUUUCUUCCUCUGAAGAGAGAGAAGGUACUGUUAAAAUCACUAAGCAGCUGAUUGAACGGAAAGAGUUGCUCCAUAAUCUUCAGCUGCUUAAAAUAGAAUUAUCUCAAAAAAACUUGAUGAUUGACAACUUGAAAGUAGAAUAUUUGACCAAGAUUGAAGAGCUAGAAGAGAAGCUUAAUGAUGCAAUCCAUCAAAAGCAGCUGUUGUCUUUACGACUGGAUAGCCAGGUGGCAUUACAGCAAGAAGAUGCUAGAAAACAUCAGGCUCUAAUGAAACAAGAAAUGGAAACUAUUUUAUUGAGACAGAAGCAACUGGAGGAAACGAAUCAUCAAUUGAGGGAGAGGGCUGGAGAUAUCCGUCGUAGCUUGCGAGACUUGGAAUUAACAGAGGAUUGCUAUGAGAAGCUAAAGUCUCUUCCUGAAGAUCAGCUUUCUAUCCCUGAAUAUGUUUCUAUCCGAUUCUAUGAAGUAGUCCAUUCCUUGAGAAAAGAGCUAAGUGAUCUACAGAAGAAAAAGGAGAGCUUAACAGAAGAACUAAGUGGGUACAAAUCCCAAUUGAAGUGUCUGACAGAGAGCUAUGAAGACGAGAGGAGGAAUCGGUCAGAGCUUGAGGUUAGAUGCCAGCGUUUGACACUGGAACUGGCUGAUACCAAGCAGAUGAUUCAGCGAGGUGAUUACAGACAAGAGAACUAUGAUAAAGUAAAAUGUGAACGUGAUAUGUUUGAACAUGAAUUGUCAGAACUCGGAAGAAAAUAUGAAAUAUUAGAGGUGUCACACAAAGCACAAGCUAAAGAAAAAAAUGACUUAUCAAAAGAGCUGGCAACCAUACAACAAUCCCUCAACUUGUUGCAAAAAGAUAAAGAUUAUCUUAAUCGCCAGAACAUGGAGCUUAGUGUUCGCUGUGCACAUGAAGAAGAUCGUCUUGAAAGACUUCAGAUUCAGCUAGAGGAUGCCAAAAAAGCUAGGGAAGAAAUGUAUGAAAAAUAUGUUGCAUCCAGAGACCACUAUAAAACAGAAUAUGAAAAGAGACUGCAUGAAGAGUUGGAGCAAAUAAGGUUGAAAACAAAUCAAGAAAUCGAGCAACUAAGAAGCACUUCAAAAGAGAUGUAUGAACGUGAAAACAGAAAUUUGAGAGAAGCGAGAGAUAAUGCUGUCGCUGAAAAAGAACGAGCAGUUAUUGCUGAAAAGGAUGCUUUAAGAAAAUAUGAUCAACUCUUAGAACAGUAUAGACAAAUGCAGCUUGGCACAGAAAGCAAAGUAGCUGAACUUCUUCACCAAAGUAAGUUAAAGUCCUUUGAAAGUGAACAUGUUCAACUCAUGCAACAAGAAACAGCUAAGAAUCUUUCACAGUGCCAAAUGGAAUGUGAAAAAUAUCAGAGAAAGUUGGAGGUGCUUACUAAGGAAUUUUAUAGUCUUCAGUCUUCUAGUGAAACACGCAUUAUUGAACUUCAAACACAGAAUUCUGAGUUUCAAGCAAGGCUAGAUACUUAUGAAAAACUUGAAAAAGAGCUCGAUGAGAUAAUAUUGCAGACAGCAGAAAUGGAAAAUGAAGUUGAAGCUGAAAGGGUUCUCUUCUCCUAUGGGUAUGGUGCUAAUGUUCCUACAACAGCCAAAAGACGACUAAAGCAAAGUGUUCACUUGGCAAGAAGGUUACUGCAGCUAGAAAAGCAAAACUCGUUGCUUGUAAAAGAUCUGGAACAUCAGAAGGAACAAGUCACACAGAUUUCACAAGAGCUUCACAGAGCAAAUUCUUUGUUGAGUCAAGUACAACAGCCAUACAAAUACCUCAUUGAAACCGUGCAACAGAGAGAUUCUCAAAUAAGUCUACAGAAAGAAAAUAUUACACAACUUGAAAAAGAUAUCAGUCUUUUAAAUAAAGAAAAGACAGCUUUGCUGCGUGUCAAGAACCAAAUGGCAGCAGAUUUGGAGAGACUCCUAAAUCACCGUGAGGAACUAGCCACAAUGAAACAGAUUCUAAUUAGUCUACAUGGUAAACGCUAUGAACAAAAUUUACCUCAGUCUCAUAUUGAUGUAAAAAGUGUGACUGCAAAAAACAAAUCAAACCCUUCAGUAAAACUGCUGCCAGAACAUGAAGAAGAAAAUGUAUUUACACCUAAGCCAACGUUAUUUACAAAUAAAGAGGCACCUGUAUGGUACAAGAAACUCCGGAAGAAAACAUCACCAUAG